AUGUCACGCUACCGAAUGAGGACUGGGGGUGAAGCCCGUGAUUUCUUCGUUGUCGGCAGAGUCUUUGCUAUGCUAUACUCUGAGGCUGCAGGUGGAACUGCACAACCACAACCAUACAACGAUGCAUAUACCGUCGUCCGUUUCAACGAAAGGGUACACACUAACAUUCGACGCUUCGUAGUGCUUGAGGACAAGCAUGGUUUCGUAUACGCUUGUGGCAUUGGCACUUAUUCUGGUCGUGGGGUCCUCAAAGAAGGUUGUGUGCCCUGGGAACAUACGAUUGCUUACCUCUCGGGAACGGAUCCGGGAUCCUGUUACCUCCCUGGGGAGUGGCAUGCUGGAAUGACUAAAGAGCCUAUAGAGAUCAUACCCGUUGACGCCACGAUUAGGCUUCGAUCAGAAUCCCGCAUCCGUUUCGGGAAGAUGUACCCCAUCGAAAAGAACGUCAAAGUCAAAGACAUCGGCCAGGUCCACCCGAGCCAUUUAAGCAAGCUUCUCAAGUAUUGGAAUGAACGCGACCAGCCCCCAACAGCACAGUAUGCGUAUCCUGCUGAGAACACCAGUGUCCCACAGAUCUCUUCGCCUUAUUGA